AUGAUAAAAUGGGACGAAGCAAAGAAGUUGCUUCAAACUACGGUAACCUACAAUGAUCAAAAGACAAGCAAUGAGGACUUUGUCGACCACGUUGCUGCGGAUAUUAAAAAGCGCAACGUUACUCAUAUCAGACUCGACGGCGUUGCUGUUCACCCUGACGGGAAAUCGUUUGGCGGUCGGCAGAUCAUCAAGACAAGUGACAAAGGUGCACCUAAAGCUGAUCCUUGGGCUCUCGUUCUGGUCUUCAUUGACGACACGAACAAGAUUUCGCGGUUAUACAAGAUAGACGAUCGCCUGAUCUCGCAGGGUCCUCCAGCAACGAGCCUAUCGGAAAUUACAUACAAACCAUCUGCCAACCCGUUAUCAUCGGAUGAUCUGAGAAAUUUGUACCUCGAAUAUAUCAAUAGCUACAAUAUCGGCACCAUGUCAACUGUCCUUCCUCAAAAGUUGGCUGCCGAAAUGGCAAUGCAAGGAAAUGUGGCCAAGGUGGAACAGGUUGUGAUCAUCCUCGGGCAGAUUCUUUUGCCUGCCGUUGCAGGACUCAAGUACAAAGUUGAAGACAUGGUGACCGAUGUUGAAAAACAACAGAUUUUCGUCAGGCUUUCACUUGAGGGUGUUCCAGAGAACAAGAACCUGCAGAAAGGAGCUGACGAAAAGGGGAGGGUCAAGGUUUAUGAGCUUGCGACAUAUGGAGUGGAAGAGGGCAAGAUUGCCUGGGCAUGGUCUGCACCAGACUUCGAUAUUUUGCCUCCUCAAUAA